GUAUCUGCAAAAGAUGUUAAUUAAUUAAAAUAAAACAUUGAGCUAUUUCUCUUUUGUUUUCUUGUAGUGGAAGACAUACAAUCCAACAUUUUCACAAGUGGAAAUCUGGUUCCGAUUUGUCUUUGUAGUUCUCACCUUUAUGGUCACGUGUCUGUUUGCACAUUCUCUACGAAAAUUCUCCAUGAGAGACUGGGGUAUUGAACAGAAAUGGAUGUCUAUCCUCCUUCCUCUCCUCCUGCUUUACAACGACCCAUUUUUCCCCCUUUCUUUUCUGGUGAACAGUUGGUUUCCUGGAAUGCUGGAUGACCUAUUCCAAUCACUGUUUCUGUGUGCACUGUUAUUGUUCUGGCUUUGUGUCUACCAUGGUAUAAGAGUACAGGGAGAAAGAAAGUGCUUAACCUUCUAUCUGCCCAAAUUCCUUAUUGUUGGACUAUUGUGGCUCGCCUCUGUUACAUUAGGAGUAUGGCAAACUGUUAAUGAAGUACAUGAUCCUACGUAUCAAUACAGAGUUGACACAGGUAAUUUCCAGGGAAUGAAAAUCUUCUUCCUUGUGGUGGCAACCACAUAUAUUCUCUACCUUCUGUUCCUGAUAGUGAGAGCAUGUUCAGAACUCCGUAACAUGCCUUAUGUUGAUCUCAGGUUAAAAUUCUUGACUGCAUUAACCUUCGUAGUGCUCGUCAUUAGGUAAGGCUUUUCAGAGAACAUUUCUCAGUAUUCAAACUUUUAUGUAUUUAAAGUCUUGA